AUGGCGGAGGCGAGGAUCGGUUGCAUAGCCAUUAUUAAGUGGAUAUGGACUCAAGUGAAGCGUCGGUUCAGUUACAUGGUCGAAAAUUCCCAGGAUAAUCAAGUAUUGGUGGACAUGGAUGCUUCUGCAUCUCUUCCUUCUUCAUCAUCACCUGUUGAAUGGAAGUAUGAUGUUUUUUUGAGUUUCAGGGGUUCUGACACUCGCAAGGGGAUCACAGUCGACAUAUACGAUGGACUCAAUCGGGGAGGCAUUAAAGCAUUCAUGGAUGAUCCAGAUCUUGUAGUCGGAGAUUCCAUUUCUCCCACUCUCAUAGCAGCAAUUAAAGGGUCAAGGUAUGCAAUUGUUGUUCUCUCCCAAAAUUACGCUUCUUCUGCUUGGUGUUUGGAGGAACUUAGAGAGAUUUGUCUGUCCAUGGAAGACAACAGAAUUUUGCCACUUUUUUAUCAUGUUGAUCCUACUGAUGUUCGAUAUCAGAAGAAGGGAAGUUUCAAAGAAGCUUUCUAUAAGCAUGAAACCUCUGGGCAGCACAGAAUGGAAAAGGUGAAGGAGUGGAAAGCUGCCUUGAACAAAGUAGCCAAUAUCUCUGGGUGGAAUACAACUGAUCAUAAAACUGAGAGAGCACUUACCGAAGCCAUUGUGAAACUUCUCAGCAGUAAAAUUGUACCUGAUGCAAUUGAGUCCACUAGAGAUUUCCAAGCAUUUGAAGCAACAAGAAUAGCCAUGGAUGAGGUUAUGAAGGCCCUUAAAGAUGACGAGGUCACUGCUGUUGGUGUCUACGGCAUGGGAGGUGUGGGCAAGACAACCUUGGUGGAACAUGUUGGCGCACAUGCCCGGAAAAGUGGAAUUUUUGAUCAUGUGAUUAUGGGUGUCCUAUCCCAAACGCCUGACUUGGCAAAAAUUCAAGGCACAUUGUCAGAACUAUUGAGCUUCAAAUUUGAGGAGGAUACAGAAAUUGGAAGAGCAGCUAGAUUGAGUAAGGAGAUAAGGAGAAGACAAAGGAUUCUUAUAAUCCUGGACGACAUUUGGGAGAGAACAGAAUUAUCAAGAAUAGGAAUUCCAAGCUACAAGGAACUUCAAAAUUGCAAUUCCAAAAUCCUACUCACCACAAGGAUAAGGAAUGUUUGUCAUGCCAUGGAGUGCCAAAGAAAGAUCAUCCUCAACGUUCUCUCAGAACAAGAUUCUUGGGUCUUGUUUGUGAGAAAAGCAAGAAGGUAUUUUGAAUCCCCCACUUUCGAGGGUGUGGCAAAGAAGGUAGCCGGAGAAUGUAGGGGCUUACCGAUUGCAUUGAUAACAGUUGCAAGGGCACUCGGAGACAAAGACUUGGUGGAUUGGAGGAGAGCAGCUCAGCGACUAGAGAAGUCGCAAACUGCCAACCCUGAUGAUAAGGGAGAAGCAUCUAAAUGUAUAAAAUUAAGCUAUGAUUACUUGGAAGAUGAGGACUACAGGUCAUACUUCUUGCUCUGUUGCUUAUUCCCAGAAGACUAUGACAUCCCUAUAGAAGACUUGUUCAGGUAUGGGAUCAGGACAAGAUUGUUUCGAGAUGCCGAAACACUCAUGGAGGCAAGAGAGCAAGCUGAUUCCGUUAUCAAGCAUCUUAAAUAUUCUUGCUUGCUUUUGGAUAGUGAAGAAGAUAGAUGUGUAAGGAUGCAUGAUGUUGUCCGGGAUGCAGCCAUUCAAAUUGUGCAAUCUGAAGAUGAGUUUUUUGUGAAAGCCGGCUGUGGUUUAGAGGAUUUGCCACGUAAAUUACAUAAAGGCUACCUUGCAAUCUCACUAAUGAGGAAUUAUAUUAGCAAGCUUCCCAAAAAUCUGGUAUGUCCAAAACUCCAGAUCUUGUUACUAAACCGUAAUUUCUCUUUAGAAAACAUACCAGAAACAUUCUUCCAAUGUCCAAAUGAAUUAAGGGUAUUAGAUCUUAGCUUGACUAGCCUUUCAUUACUGCCCAAAUCAUUCGGUGUCCUAACCAACCUCACAGCUUUGUAUUUAGAUGAUUGUACCCAUCUAAGAAUUGACACUUCCAUACUGGGAAAACUUAAAAAGCUUGAGAUUCUGAGUAUGAGAAAUUCACGUCUGUAUGAGUUGUCGGUAGAAAUAGGAGGUUUGACCAAUCUGAGGAUGUUGGAUAUUACUGGUGAACAUAUUUCUAGAAUUCCUUCCAAACUGAUAUCAAAGUUGCAUGAUUUAGAAGAACUGUAUAUGCAAGGAUUUUGGGAGUGGGAACGCUUGUGGCCUUACAGACGAGGGGAAGUCAAUGAUACCUUUACUAAUGCUAGCUUUGACGAGGUAACUAGCUUGUCAAAAUUAAGAGUUUUGAAGGUUACUAUCAUGGGUGAUGAAUAUAUCCCUAAAUAUGUUGAGUUGAAAAUGAAUUUGGUUGAGUUUGAUAUAUGUAUUGGUGGUUCAUAUGAGCCUGGUUUAUACGAGCCAUACAAGACGAAGUUAUAUGAUCGACAUCGUCAUAUCUCAAUACUCUUGUUUGUCAUGAUCAGUCACUUACCGGAGUGGUUUCGUGACGAGAUAAUAGAGAAUGCGGAGACGCUUUACCACUCUUGGUGCCAAAGGUUAAUCGACAUAUUUGUGGAAUCUGAGAAUGGGAGGUUACAGAGACUGAAGCAUCUGCAUAUAGUGGGUUCCUACGAUCAAGACAUCACGGAGGUGGAUCCUGCAAUAACAUGGGUUCCAAAAAAGCCUGUGUUCGAGAAUUUGGAAGAGUUGUAUCUGGCUGAACUGGAUUGUGCAGAGUUGUGUGCCGUUCAAUUUCUACCACCUGGAUCUCUAUUCAAGUUAAAGGUAUUGAAAGUAAAAGAUUGUUACAACUGGUGGAAUAUGAUUUUACCAUCAACAUUGUUACAUAGACUACCAAAUUUGGAAAAAUUAAUUGUUCAUCGGACGGACGGGAGUGAAUUUAUGUUUGGGUAUGAAGCCUUGCUUGUGUUGCGACAAUUAAAGUUGAAAAAGAUAAAAUUGUAUGAUCUAGCAACAGUAAGCAUAUGUGAGGGACCUGCUCCUCCUGCGAUGCUCCAGAAUCUUCGAAGUUUGUCCAUUCAUCGUUGCAAGCAGUUGCGGGGAAGUCUCUUCACCUCUGAUGUUGCUCAGUGUCUUUCUCAGUUGAAUUCCUUAGAAUUAGAGAGAUGCCCCUUGUUGGAAAGGAUAGUUGAAGCAAGCAACAAGAAGACCGUCCUUCCAGAAUUGAAGCGAUUACUUUUGGUGGAACUUCCAUUGUUGUACUAUGAAAGUGCUACUUUUGAUAUCGUGUGUCCUGAAUUGGAAGAGUUCUUUGUGAGUAGCUGCCCCAAGUUUUCAGCCUCUUCAUCUGACUUCCACAGCAGGAAACAAGUCCAAUUCAGCUGGUGGUAAGAGGACUAAUUGCAAUCAAUAAAACACAAAGAGACCUUCCGUGGCCCAGAAGAAUAUCCCGCAUUUGAUUGUGAAAUUGUAUAACUCUAAGCAUGAAACCUCUGGCCGACAUAAACCAGAGACGGUGGAGGAAUGGAGAGCUGCUUUACAAGGAGUGGCCAAUAUAUCUG